AUGAUUUCGAAAAGCGAAGCUUGCAAGGGUGGUGCGCCUGUCCACUAUCAGACCGUCUACUCCAGGGAGAUCUAUCAUGGACUGCCUACAUUUGACGAAUCUCAUAAUGGGCAGACAGCCAUCAUAACAGGUGCGAAUGGUAUCUCCGGCUACGCUCAACUUCAGGUCCUCGCUCAAUCGCCGCAACGAUGGACAAAGAUAUAUUGUCUCUCGCGCAGACCUCCAGCUGUACCAGGCGGACUGCCACCUCAAGCAGAAUUUAUACAGUGUGAUUUUCUAAAGAGCCCAGAAGAGAUCGGCGAAGUUCUGAAGAAGAGCGGCGUUAAGGCUGAUCACAUCUUCUUCUUUGCAUAUAUACAGCCACCACCGAAGGAGGGAGGAGGGAUAUGGAGCGCGGCGGACGAGUUGACUACCGUCAAUAAAUUACUCCUUGACAACUUUCUGGGCGCUCUUGAUUUCGCACAUAUUAAACCAAAACGCUUCAUGCUACAGACAGGGGCAAAGAACUACGGUGGACAUCUGGGCCCUACCAAAGUGCCUCAGCAAGAAUCCGAUCCUCGAGUCCUCUUGGAACCAAAUUUCUACUAUGCUCAAGAAGAUAGCCUAUGGGACUGGUGUCGUCAGCGCUCUGUUAGCUGGAACAUUGCCAUGCCUUCCUAUAUAGUAGGAGCAGUUCCUGACGCUGCGAUGAACAUCGCCUUCCCUCUUGCCGUCUAUGCCCUAGUAUCAAAGUACCUGGGCGAGCCAUUGCGAUAUACAGGGGAUAUUGUUUCGUGGCAGAUGACUCAAACACAAAGCAAUGCUUUUAUGAAUGCAUACCUCGAGGAAUGGAUGGUUCUCACCCCGAAAGCGGCAAAUCAAAAGUUCAACGCACUCGACGAUAGCGCAUUUUCCUGGGAAGGAUUAUGGCCCAAAAUUGCAGAGUGUUAUGACCUUGAAUGGGAAGGCCCAGACGAAGACGCCGAAUACACAGAAGUACCAGUCCGCUAUGGCGCACCCAGAGGGUAUGGCAAUAACUGUCUUCUGGCUCGUUAUAAGUUCACUACGGCGGCGUGGGCUCAGCAACCCAAAGUCUGUAGCGCGUGGCGGGAGAUUGCCAGACAGCACAAGUUGGCUUGGCCGGAGCUCAAAGAUACAGACCGACUUACCGACAAGGCUCGCAAGCUCGGUUUCCAUGGAUAUGUCGAUACGGCGGAAUCUUUCCUCCACACAUUUGAAGGAUUGGCUCAACUACGAAUGAUUCCUCCUGUUCCUAAAACUAACGUGGAAUACACUACUCUGUAG